AUGAACAGAAUAGUGAGGGCACUAGUUUUUGUGUCGAUCGUGUUAAAUGUAGUGAUAGCGGAAACAGCUGUGCAACUAGCCGAUGGUAAACCGAAGGAUCAGGACCAGGCUCGUCAAGCUAUUGUUCCACCGGGUAGAUGGUGGCCCUAUGGAUGGGGUUGGGGUUGGGGCUGGGGUAUUGCCGUAUUUGUGCUGGCUAUCGUGAAAGGAUCCAUUCUACUUGGCAUAUUCGUUAUCUGGGCGUUCUUCAGAAGUUUUGGCGGUCAUAAGGGACAUGGUUGCGCACCGAUCAUUAUCCGAGAAUCUCCACCACCUUUUGAACACAUCCACGAUUUUGAACACAUCCAUCAUCAUCCGUGGGAACGGUUGGCGGCUGGAAACGAAUAUCCUGUCCGAACGAAAAGAUCGGCCGACUACAUCGACUCUCAGCUCUACUGGACAGAUAUGGUGACCGAUCUGGGUUUCAGUUUUCUCGGAGUACACUCGAGGGAUUGCCGGAAGCGUUUCGUUUGCGAGGUCGAUGUUCGCACGCGACACGAUCCAAUUAUGGCAUUCGCAAUGCGUUUGUUUGGAAGGGACAUUUUCCAGCGGUAUCGAUCGGUUGGCGAUAAAAUAGCCAACAGUUUCGGCGAGUGUGCGAAAUUGUACAGCAAGUGUAAAUUCAGUGGUCCCUCGAUCACCUUCAAUGUGAUGGGCGGACAAACGGAUCCCCUGCUGGAUUAUGAUGAUUCCUUGCCGGAACAGACGAAUGAAGAACCAAUUGAGGAAGCUGUCGGAGCAGUCAACACGGAAGAAAAUGAUGUAGAGGACGAAACAACUCAGGCGACUACGACUACAGCUGCAACUACCGUUCGGUCGAAAAAAUAUUCUCGCAAACGGAAGCGAAUUUUUGCGUUUAGAAAAUCGAAUUAA